AUGGGAUUUUGGAGCAAUUUCGGCCGGUUCACGAGCAUAAACCGUGAUCACCGCGACAGGAUCAGCAGCACCAGCAGGUGCACCGAAUGCAGCCGUGGCAAUGAUACUCUCAGCACUGAUGGCGGUCCGGGAGUCAGCGGCGUGCACCACAGAAAGGCUUUAGAUCUCGCCAGCGUGCAGCAAAGCGUGGCCGCGUCAGGAUGGGCCGAGGGGUUGAAGUGCGUGGAUGUGCGCGACGGGAAAACGUGGAUUGCGGAGCCCUUGCUCUUCGGCGAUUGUGCGGCCCCGGUUGACACCGUGGCGUCGUUGGGCUUGGCGGAGGACGUCGAGGGCGCGCUGUAUUCCGCCACGGCCGAUUGCCUGCACGUGCAGCAAAUUGACGACCUCGAUCGCGCUGCUGCUGCGACCGCGCUCGUACCGUGUGACGCUGACAGCAUCGGCCGCAGCAGGUGGCGCUUGUGGAGCGGUGGGCUGCUGGGCGGCCUGCUGGGCGUUGCAGCUUUGAGAGCACGCGGCUCGCAACCCGAGUGGUGGAAAAAGGGCGGGUGCCAGAAGUGGCGACGACGGGACCAGCGACCCGUGGAGAAGGCACUAAACAUCAUCUCCUGCGCGCCUUUCUUCCUCGUCGGCCUUAACACUCCAAGGGCGAACGAUUGUCCCAAGGCCCGUCUGUACAGCCAGUCAGUGAUGGGCAUUGGCGCAGCGGCCAUGGCAUACCACGCGUCAUCGGGCCCCAUAUCCCGCCCCAUUCUCCACUGGCUCGACUGCACCAUGAUUGCUGUCUCCACUCUCUGCUUUUCGCGAGCAGCCCUGCCUGCGGAUGAGCAUUCAGCAGCGCUCUUGGCGGUGUCCACAGCCAUGGUGCCGGUGCGCCCGUCCCUGGUCAUGGGCCUGCACUGGAGCCUGCUCGAGGCCAAUUUCUGGAGGAGGUCUAGAGGGGACCCUUCACUGGCACGAGCGUAUUCACUGCACGCUGCCACGGCGGUGACGGCAGGCGCUGCCAUGCUGGCGGACAAGACAGUGGCACACCACCCGGCCUUGCACGCGCUGUGGCAUGUGGUGGCCGCUGGUGUGCUCCACACUGCUAACGUGCUGCUCACCCCUCUCACCUCUGUUUCAAGCUGA